GCCUGCUGUAGGAGCGUCGGACGACAAACUGUGCGAGUUUCUCCUCGAUUUCAGGUGAGACGAUCACACAUUGCUUGCGGCCCGAGAAUCCACACACGCUAAUUGCCGUCUCGUCGCUCGCGCAGAGUUUCCACUCGGCUGUUUUUAUGAUUUUCAUUCAUUAGUGGCGACGACGCGCGCUCUUUUCGUGUGUUUUCAGUUAACAUUGUAGAUGCCGAGCGCGAUUCCAAUCAGUUCCUCAGCAGCUUUCCUAUCGAUCGAGUCGCGCCGAGAAAGUCGCUGAUAGAAACCUUUGUCCGACCAGCGAGGUUGAAUGCAAAUCUCGAGAUCGCUACCGGGUAAGACUCGUGUCGUUACUCAAUCGUUCUAAAGUUCAAUUAAUCGCGCACAAAGUAUCAAUCUGUCGGCGUUGUCCUUAUCAGAAAUCACCGAAUACUUUGUUGCUGGCCAGCGCGAGGCUUGACCUGCAGUUUGUUUGCCCAGAAAAAGAAAGUUCGCUACAAACAAGUGAAAGUUUGGUCGCUUGGAGUGGAUCAGUGGUGGCCGAAGCAACAGGGCGAAAGUGACUGAGUAGUAAUUGCGCGCCCGUUCACGCAACGAGUCCGUGCCCGCCCUAGAUUAGACGACAGUCCACAAAGAAGCCCCUAUGAAAGUCAUGUGGCCGGAGAAUGUGGGAAUCUUGGCGAUUGAGAUUCUGUUCCCGUCGCAGUACGUCGACCAGACAGAGUUGGAGAAGUUCGAUGGAGCCUCCGAGGGAAAAUACACAAUUGGCCUGGGUCAAAGUCGAAUGGGUUUCUGCUCGGACCGCGAAGAUAUCAACUCGCUGUGCCUGACCGUCGUGUCUCGACUUCUUGAUCGCCACCAAGUCAAACAUUCGCAAAUUGGCCGUUUGGAAGUUGGCACGGAAACGAUAAUCGACAAGUCGAAGAGCGUGAAAAGCGUUCUUAUGCAAUUAUUCGAGCCGCAUGGCGUGACGGACCUGGAAGGCAUCGACACCACGAACGCUUGCUACGGUGGAACCGCAGCCGUUUUCAACUCCAUCAAUUGGAUAGAGUCGUCGAGCUGGGACGGCAGACUGGCUCUGGCCGUUUGUGCAGACAUUGCCGUCUAUGCCAAAGGGAAUGCCCGACCGACUGGCGGUGCAGGCGCUGUCGCCAUGCUCAUCGGGCCCAAUGCACCUCUUGUUUUCGACCGAGGUCUCCGCGCAACAUACAUGAAACACGCUUAUGAUUUCUACAAGCCCGACUUGAGCUCUGAGUACCCAACCGUCGAUGGGAAACUGUCAAUUCAAUGCUACCUAAGUGCCCUCGAUCAUUGCUAUCAGCUCUACCGGAAAAAGUAUGAGAAGAAGUUCCCAGAUUCCUCAAAGGUCGGGCUCGACACGCUCGACGCAAUUGUCUUCCAUAGCCCGUUCUGUAAAUUAGUACAAAAGUCAGUGGCAAGACUUGUCUUCAACGACUUUUUGCUGUCUAGCGAGGAGAAGCGCUCGGUACGCUAUCCGGGCCUUGAGAAGUUCAGCAAUCUUAAGCUGGAAGACACCUACUUCGAUCGCGAAGUGGAAAAAGCUUUCAUGACAGGAUUCAACAAUGUAUUCCAGGCAAAGACUAAACCCUCUCUAUUCCUCGCAAAUCAAGUCGGCAACAUGUACACACCCUCGGUCUACUCGGGACUCGUCUCGCUGCUCAUCAACUCGAACAUAUCAGACUUAUUAGGCAAACGCGUAGCUCUCUUCUCCUACGGAUCAGGAUUGGCGUCGACUAUGUACUCAAUUUCAAUUACAAAUGACCCCAACACUCUCGAGCGCUUCACCUCAAAGCUAACAUACGUAAAAGAUUUGCUUGAAUGCCGACAGAAGGUUCCUCCCGAGGAGUUCUCGAACCUGAUGGAGGUUCGCGAGAAGAACAACCACGCAGCUCCCUACGAACCGACCGGCAGCGUAGAUGUCCUCUUCCCCGGGACGUUUUAUCUUAAAUCAAUCGACGCUCUACACCGGCGGACCUACGAACAGGUGCCCGUGCCUAACGGCUUAUCAUAAUUUUAAUGGAGCUUUAACUGUUAUUUAUAAAAAAAACGUAUAUUUUCUAAUGUUGUUUUCGGUGACAAUAACUGGUAAUAAAUUUAUUUAUUUUCGGAAUAGUUGGUAUUAUAGGAAAGUAAAAGAAUUACUUGCGUGGAGGUGCGGAGGAUUUAGGGUACAUUACAAGACUACACGGUGCAAUCUUUAGCAAGGCUUUUUUGUAUUAUGAUUACGUGUAUAGAAGCGAAAUAAAUUAUUUACAUCAAAACUGAA